CCUUAUCUUUUCCUUUUUUGUAGAGAAGGCCUUUCAUCUCUGUUUCGUCGUGCUGAUUCUUUAGGAGAGUUCAAAGGAGUUCGACUUAAUAGUCGUGCGCCUGUGAUAUCCCAUUUGCUUUUCGCGGACGAUAACCUCAUUUUUGGCGAAGCAUCAGCUCGAGUAGCUUCUCAACUAAAGAACAUCCUAUCAUGGUAUGGCAGCUCUUCCGGUUAGGUGAUAUACUUUGAUAAAUCUAACUCAUUUUUUAGUUCAAAUGUUGUUGAUGAGAACAAGAGGGAUGUCAGACGCAUUUUAGGGGUGAAGAAUGAAACUAGCCCGGAGAAAUACACGGGCCUGCAGCAAUAGUCGGGCGGAAUAAACGUGGUGCGUUUUCGCAUCUGCUUGAUAAGUUUCAGAGCCGGAUAAGAGGCUGGUGUGUUCGUGUUCUCUCCCAAGGUGGUGUUCAUUAAAUCCGUGUUAUAAGCUCUUCCUCUUUAUGCGAUGAAUUUUUUCUUCUCCCUAUAGGGCUUUGUAAGGAAAUGGAGGGGAUUAUGGCUCGGUUUUGGUGGCAAAAAUCCGAAGGUAGAUGCAAGAUUCACUGGUGCUCCUGGGAUAAUCUAUGCCUUCUGAAGGAGAAUAGUAGACUCGAUUUUAGGGAUAUGGCUAAAUUCAAUGUUACUCUUUUGACCAAACAAGGGUAGAGGUUGUUUUCAAAUCCGUCUUCACUUGUGGGCCACCUGCUGCAAGCGAAGUAUUUCCCUUUGGGUAACUUUAUGAACUCCAAUCUUGGUUCAUCUCCCUCUUAUAUUUGGCGGAGCACAUGGAGUGCCAAGGGACUAUUGUUAAGAGGCUUGCGAUGGAAAGUGGGCUUAGGGUCUUCUGUCUCUAUAUAGAACGACUAUUGGCUCCCGAGAUGAAUAGAUUCUAGCCACAAUGACUCUGUUGAAUAUGUGGCAAUUUUAAUUCAUGCAGAUACGAGAACAGUGGAAGGAAGAUCUGAUAUUAGGGUUGUUUAAUGAGGAGGAAGCUGAGAUGAUUUUGAGUAUUUCGAUUUCAAGGUUAACUCAAGAGGAUUGUUUGGUUUGGAGUGGUGAAAAAUUGGGUGUGUUAAGCGGUAGGAGUGGUUACCGUUUGUUAAUGGAUAGGUCAUAGUUGGAUAGUUCGAUUAAAACCAUUUACAAUCAAUUAUGGGCCUGUGCGUGUCAACGGAAGAUUAAAUUGCAAGUAUGGCGCUUCACUCGUAAUUUAUUCCUACUGGAUAGAACCUUUUCACAAAACGCAUAUCAGGUAAUCCUUGGUGUGUGUGCUUUGUACGAGUAUGGUGGAACUAGCUCGUUUAGUGUGGCCUGCACUGGGAUACAAUUGGCCCACUGCUCCGGAAACAAGCUUAUGCAUGAGGGCAUACAACUGAGGGCUGAGGAGAUUAUUACCUUAGAUUGUGCUCAAUGCCUGGAUUCAUUGCAGCAAACACAAAUCAUCGAGGAACUUCGGUGCUUGCUGCUGUUCAUUGGAUUCCUCCCAUCUCGCCGGGUUUCAAAGUAAAUUUUGAUGCGAGUUACAUGCAGGCACAGAAUCAAUCAUGGUCAGGGAUGAUGGUUCGCAACAGCGAGGGUUUCAUAAUAGGGGCGUGUCGAAGAAGGGCGAUGAGGAUUACCUCAAUUUUUCUGGCAGAGGCAACUGCUGCAGUUCACGCUGUGGAGUUUGCACUUGAUCUAGGACUCCAGGAUGUAUCACUAGAAGGAGACGAGCGAUCUGUUGUCAAAAAGCUAGCUUCAACGGAACCUGACCGGUCAGUCAUCAGCGUAACCGAGCUACUUCUUUCCAGACAUGCUCUUUCCACUUUACUCCGCUUGAAGGUAAUCGGACUGCUCAUCUCCUGGCAGUUGACAAGGGUCUGGGAACUGAAGAUCAUUUCUAGGUAGAAGAAGCUCCUAGCUGCAUUGUGAACCAAGCUGCGGACGAUCGAAGGUGGGUUGAUCCUCCUUAGUCGUCGAUCUUCGAUCUCUAUUCUGUUUAGACUAUCUUUUUCUAUUUUAUUCCUUGCAUUUCGCAUUUUACAAAGAUAUGGAGAUGGUGCGAGGAAGAGAAAAAGAUGAAAAAGCAGAGUACAAUUCUUGGAGAAGCAGAAAGGAAACCAAGAGCCAUAGUUAACCGUGUCCGUAAUGUUGUGGCCAAGUCUCUCCACAGCAAGAACGAAUUAAGGCAAAAGUGGGUCCCCUUGACGGAUUCUUCUUUUCGGCUUGAAAGUUUCGGAAUAACAACCAUUCCAUUGGACUUGAAAAGAACUACUAAUGCACCUCAUAAUAACAUCAAUAAUACCAUAGGGAAGGUCAGCAUCCAUAAAAGUGUCGCGAA